GGAUGACUCGACUAGUCUCCAACUCGCCUGAUGAACUUCUUCCGGAAAGCGUUUCUUCUCUUUUGUCGCACUUGUGAAAGGUCUCGGAGUGUAAUGUUGUUAUGUCUUUGUGCUUUAAUUGUGAUAGUUCACAUAUGAACGAUGUUGUCAAACCAAAACGUGUUUUAUACUUUUAUAUCCAUCCUGCAGUAGACACUACAGAAAAGACGCUGAUUUACUGUCUGUUACAAUAAUCCGCUGCUCGCGAGACUCGUUGUCAGGACAACGACCGAUUGGCGCGAAGGAAGAUCUCACGUGCGGGCUUGUUAAUCUGCGUCUGAAAUAUUCCAUAGUCAAAUAUUUUUUUGUAAACAAAUAUUUUUGUACGAAUAUUUUAUAGGAAGUCUACAUUACAGAAAAAUAAAAAUAAAAAAACACUUGCCAAUUUAAUCAGACAGAUUUAGAAGUUUUUGCAUCUGAAAUCCUCACCUGCAUUUCAGCAUAUCACUGAACUGCAGUUAUAUUACUUUCUACUGCAGUUUUACUGCAAUUGUACUUCAAUGUACUGCAGUUAUUUUUUGUAACUCUCAGCCAGAAUCGGGCCGACUGUGCUUAUAGUCACGUGCUUAGAAUGCUUUGCAUAAAUCCCGAUGACGCUGUCUGUGACGUCACAGGGCAGGUUCGAGAUUAGAAUGUUCAGAAUCUGUAUAAAUACUCGAUCUGCUUGAUCGCUUUUACAAUUCAGUUUGCGUUUGCAUUCUGCUCGACUGCAAGAUUCGCAAUACUGUACAAACAUAUUCACUCUGCUUGAUUGCACUCUUAAUUCAGUUGACUUAGGAGUCAAAUAUAUUAAGUUUGCAAGUCUGGCUUCUUUACCCAUUUGUCUAGACUCCAGAAGAUUCAGCUGGUUCCCCAAAACAAAGCCAUGCUGAUCACUGUCAGUCUGGUGAUGUUAUGGUGGUACUCCACCAGGGUGAAAAAUAAAUCACCAAAUACAGUGAAAGAGGAACAACUACAGAUCACCAGAAAGCCAACCAAGAGACAACUGGAGUGGCAUUUCACAGAAGGAUCUGAGACUGCCACUACCCCUGCAGCUGACAGUGUGCCAGAGAUGGACAGAGCACCUGAUACCGUCUUUGUCCUGGAGACAGACAGUGUGCCUGAGACGGACAGCGUGCCUGAGACGGACAUUGCGCCUGAGAUGGACCGUGCACCUGAUACCGUCUUUGUCCCGGAGACGGACAGUGUGCCUGAGACGGACAGCGUGCCUGAGACCGUCUUUGUCCCGGAGACGGACAGCGUGCCUGAGACGGACAUUGCACCUGAGAUGGACAGUGCACCUGAUACCGUCUUUGUCCCAGAGACGGACAGUGUGCCUGAGAUGGACAGUGUGCCUGAGAUGGACAGUGCACCUGAUACUGUCUUUGUCCCAGAGACGGACAGUGUGCCUGAGACGGACAUUGCGCCCGACAUGGACAGUACACCUGAUACCGUCUUUGUCCCAGAGACGGACAAUGUGCCUGAGACGGACAUUGCGCCCGAGAUGGACAGUACACCUGAUACCGUCUUUGUCCCAGAGACGAACAGUGUGCCCAAGAUGGACAGUGCGCCUGAGACAGACAGUGCUCCUGACACGGACAUUGCGCCUGAUAUGGACAGUGCGCCCGAGAUGGACAGUGCGCCUGAUACCGUCUUUGUCCCUGAGAUGGACAGUGCGCCUGAGAUGGACAGUGCACCUGAUACCGUCUUUGUCCCUGAGAUGGACAGUGCGCCUGAGAUGGACAGUGCGCCCGAGAUGGACAGUGCACCUGAUACCGUCUUUGUCCCUGAGAUGGACAGUGUGCCCGAGAUGGACAGUGUGCCCGAGAUGGACAGUGCGCCCGAGAUGGACAGUGCGCCUGAGAUGGACAGUGCACCUGAUACCGUCUUUGUCCCUGAGAUGGACAGUGUGCCCGAGAUGGACAGUGCGCCUGAGAUGGACAGUGCGCCCGAGAUGGACAGUGCACCUGAUACCGUCUUUGUCCCUGAGAUGGACAGUGUGCCCGAGAUGGACAGUGUGCCCGAGAUGGACAGUGUGCCGAGAUGGACAGUGCGCCUGAGACAGACAGUGCUCUGACACGGACAUUGUGCCUGAUAUGGACAGUGCGCCCGAUACCGUCUUUGUCCCUGAGAUGGACAGUGCGCCCGAGAUGAACAGUGUGCCUGAGAUGGACAGUGCACCUGAUACCGUCUUUGUCCCAGAGACGAACAGUGUGCCCAAGAUGGACAGUGCGCCUGAGACAGACAGUGCUCCUGACACGGACAUUGUGCCUGAUAUGGACAGUGCGC